AUGUUGCCCCCGUUAUCGGAUAAAUUAUUAUUGAAGUACACACCUAAUUAUUGUGAAGAAAACAUUUAUUUCUUAUGUAAAGAGUUUUCUUCUAUUGUAAAUACGUUAGACAAUAAUAAUAAAUUCAAUGUUUUCGCUUGUUUCAUAUCUAAUGAACAUAAAGCUGUGCCUUUUCUGAAACAACGUUUGGCAAAGGAUCCUGAUCAAUUCGUUGUUUGGACUUAUGUUUCUGAAGCUUUGGCUCAUGUUAUCGAGAAACGAUAUCAAAGAUAUUAUAGAAUUGUUCCAUUAGAAACAUUUCUCAAAGUUUUUGCUUCAGAUCGAAGUCAUAUGAAAAAGGAAGAUAAUACUUGGAUUGCACCUCCACCAGAUUAUCCACCAAUUUCAAAUAAAGAAUCAAAAAUGAAUCUUCAAAAUUUUAUUUCUAUGAGUGAGAGUGAGAAUUUAAAAUAUGGCACAAUUUUGGAUGAACAACAAUUUAAGGAAUUCUGUGACUUGACGCAAUAA